UUGGUCUGUACAAAGAACGCCCACUUGAACGUUGUUACAGAUGUUUGUUGCCACGAAGGUCUAUUCUGCAUUCGUCUACGCCUACCGCGAUUAUCGGCCGUGCGUCCAAGAAUGGUUGGUCGUCAAGCCAUCAUUUCCGAAUGUCGACUGGGCAAUGCGGCGGUUACCAUCUGCAACCCUCAGCUGCUAAUUUCAAGAACUCAGCCUUCUGCCAUCUUGAAGCCCACAAGCUAAAAGCCACGGCCGUAACGGACCUGUUUCUUGCACGACCCACUUCGAGGUUAGAAGGACCCUUACGUCCUUCCUUGGCGCGUUGAAAUGUCCUCAACUAUCACCUCGCUCACACGACAGACACGUACUGCAUCGCGUACCAGCAGUGCGACCGAAGCGGUGUGUACUUGGGAGGGGCAUUGCCUUGGAGACACCUGCAGCAACGAAAAUGACUGCGAUAACGAUUGGGUGUGCGCGAACACCACCUGCCAGACAUGUUGCAUUUCGAAAAGCGAACCUACAUUUUUCAGCACGUUCUCGGCUUCCGACCUCACCACGAUAACCUCCCCUUCCUCGAUAACAACUUCUGCAACAACCCCAACGAGCUCGUCUGCCACAAGCGCACCCACAAACACAUCAUCUGGCGGUCUGAAUACCGGAGCCGCAGUAGGCAUCGGUAUAGGAGGAGCGGCAUUGCUCAUAAUAUGUAUUGUCGGUGGGUGGUGGUUCUUCAUGCGGCGAAAGAACGCCAACCAAGCGUAUGAACUUGGGGCUGUGGCUCCACCAUCCUACGACGACGACAGGAAGGAGCUGUAUCAGGCGACCGCACAGGCGCAAGAGUUACCAACAAGACAUCCGCCGGUAGAGUUACAUGCUAUUGAAUUGGCCGAGCUGGAGGAUAGCAACACUGGAAGACCGAACAAUGAAGGCAAAGCUAUGACUUGACGAGGCAAAGCGGCACGAAGUAUCCCCUAGAAGGUUGAAGAUCAGGAUGUGGUCCAGCUCCGGCUCCGUUUUUCUGGCGAUGUCUGUCCUUAAUGCGGCAAAUGUUUUCUUUGAGACUAAUGCUGUGGUCAAGAGGUGGCAGAUUGAAACAGAC